GACCGGACCGGACCGGACCCUGGGCGUCGCGCACUUACUGGCCUGUGCGGCGGGGUGCUCGGCGCCGCGCUGGAAGGGGAAGCGGAACAGCAGCUUGUUGCCGCGGCUGCCCGAGCUCACCAGGAUAACGCUGAUGGGGCUGGUGCUCUCGCCCAUGCCGGCGCGCCACGGGCUGCCAGGGUGAUGAGUCCAAACCUGCUCUGAGCGUCCAUCGCAAGGAGACCAAGCCAGCACCCUCCUGCACGAUGACACUGACUCAAGCCGAGAAGGCCGCUGUGGUCACCAUCUGGGCAAAGGUGGCCACCCAAGCCGAUGCCAUUGGGGCAGAAUCACUAGAGAGGCUUUUCUUCAGCUACCCCCAGACAAAAACCUACUUCCCUCACUUUGAUCUCAGCCAAGGCUCAACUCAGCUUCGUGGUCAUGGCUCCAAGGUCAUGAAUGCCAUUGGGGAGGCUGUGAAGAACAUUGAUGACAUUAGAGGUGCUUUGGCCAAGCUCAGUGAGCUGCAUGCUUACAUCCUCAGGGUGGACCCAGUGAACUUCAAGCUGCUUUCCCACUGUAUUCUGUGCUCUGUGGCUGCCCGCUAUCCCAAUGACUUCACCCCAGAAGUUCAUGCUGCGUGGGACAAGUUCCUGUCCAGUGUUUCCUCUGUUCUGACUGAGAAGUACAGAUAAAUGGCCUCCACAGAGGGUGAGGGAUGCACAUCCAUGGCGCACCCCAGCUGAUAGGCCCUGGGAUUUUCACCCCUUCCUAUGCAGUCCUCUCAAAUCCGCUACGCAGGGGCUCGGUCAUCUGCAAAACCUAAUAAAUAAUUCAAAUGUGA